AUGCAACAACCAGGUCUUAUUUGCGCUGUCAAUGUUUUACCCAAUGAUACACUUGAAGUUCAGGGACAGCGCGUACGAGCACAGCCAGAUUCGUUCUGGUCAUAUUAUCCUGGUGAUGUUGGCGUACUUUGUAAGCGAGCAACUAGUUGGAAUCCACAGAAUUCACGUAUAACAAAAGAAAAUAAAGAUUACAUGACAGCUUUAGCAAAAGGACUCAACCGUGAUGAUACAAAAUCAAUACCAACUGAGAAUGGCGAAAUUUUUUCAUCUCGUUGGCAUCCUAAUCUACCGACCAAUACUCAACGACCAGGAACAGCAAAAGCAGCAGUAAAAGGCCGACCACCUACAUCAGCACCUGACCGUCUUAAACUACCAAUGUCAACUCUUAUUGAAGCUAAUAGACCUACAACAGCUCCGGUUGCUAUUGAAGAGCGUCGUCGUCGAGUAAACACUGGCAAAAUAAAAUCUGCUUUACCUAUUCGACCUCCACCUCCUCCGCCUCCACCAGCACCAUUACGUGCACCACGUUAUAUUGACUCCUCAGGCAAUUUUGAUAAUUUAAAUAACCCAGCAUUUCUUAAUCUAACCGAUGGACUUAAACCGUCCAUAUUUAAAAGUGAUAAUCAUUUUGUUCAUCAAUUAUGCUCGGAUGCAAACGACACAAUGACAGAACAACUUAAUACUAGUCGUGACAGUUUUCUUGAUCUAUCGAAUGGUACGUUAACUAUGGAAACAACAGCCAGAGACAAACAGCAAUUAAAUGAAACAAUUGAAAGUGAUCAAGAAGAAAAUAAAAAUAAUAAUCCUCAAAUAAUAGUCACUCACGGUACAUGGUAUCGCGAUGUUAAAAGUGGACGCAUCGAAGCUACAGUUAGUUCACCUACUCGAAAAACUCCACGUGAAGAUCCUAAAGAAAUCGAACGACGUAUUGUCGACCAAGAAACUGAAGCACUGAGUCAACGCCAGAAAGAAGUCGAACAAUAUUCAUUUCAUUUGCCAUCAGAUCGUGCAUCGCCUGUAUAUGAUUAUAAAAGUCCAUUUAGCGAAGAAUACGAUCAAGCUAUAGCGCUUCAAUCACAAUUACAAGGAAACAGCGGAAAUAAUAGUGAAUGGAAUUUAAAAGAAUUUUACCGAGAAGUUAAAACAAAAUUUGAACCAGGCACAAAUAGCAAAGGUGUUUUCGAAAAAUGCAUCAAAUUAGCAAGAUUACAAGCCAGUACAAUGAAAUGGGAACAAAGACGUCGUCAGAAUUUGACAACAUAUAAUCGUUUAAUGAAAACUACUUCUUUAGAUGUGAGUACAGCAAAUCUAUCGGGAAAUUUCUCAGCAAAAAAUACUCCAAAUGAAAAAGAUAUACGAGAUUUACAAGAAUUAAGACGUGAGUUACGUUGUAACGAAUGUAAACGUAUCACAUGUCUUGGAAAUUGUGCAUCCGGCCAAGAUUAUCAUCUCUAUAAACGAAUUGUCUCAUCAAUUCCACCUCAAUCAUCUCCAACAAGACAACCAGCAUUACAAAGUGGAUCGAAUGUACGUGAUCAACAUCGUUGUAAACAUGGUUGUACAACAUGUUCAGCAAGUAAUUGUCGUAGUACAGCUGAUGUCAUUAAUGCUAAUGCAAUUAUCACAAGCUUAAAUAAUAACAGUAAUAUUAAUAAUAAUCGUCUUCGAUCAUCGAAAGCAACAUUUGCCUAUGGUCAAAAAAGUCAACGGCCAACAAUUGAUCUACGUCCACGUUCAAUGCAUCAAGUAACACGAGACAUGAAAAUAAAAUUUGAACAAGCUAAUAUAAGUCCUGUUGUUGUUGUACCUUUAUAUGAAGAUGAAUCUCAAUCAAUAUUAACAAGACGUUCACAAAAAAGAUCUCCCAAUGGGCUUUUACCAGGAAAAUCUUUUCGGUCGCAGCGACGAGAUUCACUGACAUUGAUUUCACCUCAGAAAAUUCUUAGUUAA